AGUAGGUGGUGGCGGCGGCAGCCCUGGGUGGGGUCCCAUAGGGGCAUCUGAGAAGUCACUGGAGCUAGCGUUUCCGGGAAACCUGGAGACUCGCUGAGUGGCGGGGGUCGUCGGCUGCCCCUCUGCCCAGCAAGGGCUUUUCUAGAUGUUAUCAUCAGGCAAUCGCUGCACCUGUCGCAGCCCCCAAGCCACCUCUUCCAGAAGUAACCAUAACCUUGCUUCCUUCUUAGGCUAUUUACUGAGGACCCACUGGAUGUCAAGCAUUGUGCAUAGUUUUCUUCGAUUGUUGCAACAUCCCUUGCAAGAGUUUCACUCUUGUUGCCCAGGCUGGAGUGCAAUGGCAUGAUCUCAGCUCACCGCAACCUCCGCCUCCUGAGUUCAAGCAAUUCUCCUGCCUCAGCCUCCUGAAUAGCUCGGAUUACAGUUUCUGGACCAGCAGAGCUGAAGGAACCCAAACUUGGACUGAAGUGACUCUACUAAGGUCAGCUCUAUGGCUCUUCCACAUGAUUCAAACGAAACUUCCUAUUUGCUGCCUCCCAACAAUGAAGACUGGGGCGGGCAAACCAUUCCUGACUUUGUUUAUGGGCAGAAGGAUCUCACGGCAGAAGGGAUUCAGUGGCCAAGGAAUGCACCUGGCAUCCCGGAUGCUCUGCCACAAUCUCCCUUUGAUGCUGCACUCUGCUCUGCCUGGAAGCAGCGGGUGGAGCUGGGGCUGUUUCGCUACCGUCUACGGGAGCUACAGACCCAAAUCCUCCCUGGUGCUGUGGGUUUCGUGGCUCAGCUGAAUGUGGAGCGUGGUGUGCAGAGGAGGCCCCCGCAGACCAUCAAGAGCGUGAGGCAAGCAUUUGACCCUGUACAGUUCAACUUCAACAAGAUCCGGCCCGGAGAAGUCCUCUUCCGUUUGCACCGGGAGCCUGAUCUCCCUGGGACUCUGCUGCAAGAAGACAUCCUGGUGGUGAUCAACGUCAGCCCCCUGGAGUGGGGCCACGUGCUGCUGGUGCCUGAGCCUGCCCGCCAGCUCCCCCAGCGCCUGCUGCCGGGUGCACUGAGGGCAGGGAUUGAGGCUGUGCUGCUGAGCUUACACCCGGGCUUCCGUGUCGGCUUCAACAGCCUGGGAGGCUUGGCCUCGGUGAACCACCUCCACCUGCAUGGCUAUUACCUGGCCCACAGACUGCCCGUGGAGCAGGCGCCAAGCGAGCCCCUGGACCCUGGAGGCCAUUUGCAUCUGCUCCAGGACCUCCCAGCUCCUGGCUUCCUCUUUUACGCUCGUGGGCCAGGGCCUGACUUGGAGUCCUUGAUAAGCAGGGUAUGUCGGGCCACUGAUUAUCUGACUGACCAUGAGAUUGCUCAUAACUUGUUUGUCACCCGGGGAGCUCCGCCAGGAAAGACAUCACCUUCCUCAGCCCUCACAGGGGUCCGAGUAAUUCUGUGGGCCCGGAAGUCCAGCUUUGGGAUAAAGGACGGUGAAGCUUUCAAUGUUGCCCUCUGUGAGCUGGCUGGGCACCUCCCUGUCAAAACAUCCCAGGACUUCAGCAGCCUGACAGAGGCAGCUGCUGUGGCCCUCAUUCAGGACUGUCGGCUGCCCCCAUCCCAGGCAGAAGAGGUACAGGCAGCACUGGUAGCCCUGAUGUCCCAGGAAGAGCAAUAAUACUUCUGGAUGUAUUUAUGUUCUUUUUUUCUUUUCUUUUGAGAUAGGGUCUCACUCUGUCCCCAGGCUAGAGUGUAGUGGUAUGAUCCUGGCUCACUGUAGCCUCCACCGCUGGGGCUGAAGUGAUCCUCCCACCUCAGCCUCUUGAGUAGCUGAGACUACAGGCGUGCACCACCACACACCUGGCUUUUUUUUUUUUUUUAACGAUUAGGUGAUUUUGUAUUUUUUUAUAUAGACAGCGUUUCACCAUGUUGCCCAGGCUGGUCUUGAACUCUUGGGCUGAAGCAAUCCUCCCACCUCGGCCUCCCAAAGUACUGAGAUGACAGGAGUGAGCCCCUGGAUUCUUUUCUGUUUCUUUUUUUUUUUUUUUUUUGAGACAGAGUCUCGCUCUGUCACCUAGGUUGGGGUGCACUGGCACAAUCUCGGCUCACUGCAACCUCCACCUCUAGGGUUCGAGUGAUCCUCCUGGCUCAGCCUCCCAAGUAGCUGGGACUACAGGCUCCUGCCACCAAACCCGGCUAAUUUUUUUGUAUUUUUAAAAGAGAAGGGGUUUCACCACAUUGGCUAGGCUGGUCUUGAACUCCUGACUUUAGGUGAUCCGCCCGCCUCGGCCUCCCAAAGUGCUGGGAUUACAGGCGUGAGCCACCACACCCAGCCAGGAUGUAUUCAUUUUCUACCUGAUGAGUCCCUUUCCAGAGCACUGUCCAUCAUAGUCAUUUGGACAUUUAUUUUCAUGGCUGCCUUCUCACCUGUCUCAGCCUAAGAAGAAGGAUGAAGAAAGCUGAUAAUGAUCUCUUAAAGGGGAGAAAGAUAAUGGUCUCUUUAAAGGGGAGCUGAUAGUGGUCUCUUUAAAGGGGAGAAAAUCUGGAAUAAUUCUACUGAGUAAGACAUCAUGAAUGUAUCUGCUACCUCUCCCCGUUCUUCUUGUUCAAGCCCCAGGGGUGUUAAAAAGGAGAGUGUGUGACAGUUACACACUCCUGACUUUA